AUGACGAGCAGUGCAUCUGAUGAUGCAGAGCAUUUAAGAUGCCUAAUUUACUUAGAAGAAGUAGAGCAUGUUCGAUUAAUCAAACAGAUUGAAAAUUACCAAGAGCUGCUCAAUAUGCUUCACGCUUGCACCCUUGGAUGCAUACCUUCAGAUGUGAGUGAGAUGGUUGACAAUAUCGAGCACGAAAUAUCUAGGAGACAGAAAUUGGAGCUGGAAUUUUGUGACGCCUUUUCAAUCGCUUUAAAGAAAAAGAAGGUCGAGGUGUACUUAAACCAAAGAAAACAAUUGAAGCAGAGAAGCAGAAAUGGCGAACUAGAAAUGAACCAAGUAAUGAGAGAGUUACGCAAGGUAACUUGUGGGCUUCUUAAGAGGUUGACGACAUUAAAGAAUUGGAGACUAAAGGAAGUUUUGAGGGCGGAAGAAGAAGAAGAAGAGCAAGAAUCGUAUGAUGAAAGUGAUGCUGAUAGUGGAGAAGAACAAGUGUACAGCGGGAAAGAAAACUUCGAUCCUAUAUUCGAGAGAAGAGCCCUUGAGCCUAGAUGGAAGGAAUCUCCUGAUAAAACUAUUUCUAAAAAGCAGGGUAAAAAAAUGGGGCCUAAAAAGUGUUCAAAAUGGAGGGGAAACAAACAAAAGAACACAGUUUUGGUUGAGAAGAGAGCAAGGCAUGAUUGA